AUGUCAAACAUUAAAUCAAUAAUAACUAGUGUUGUUGCACACAUAGAUCAUGGAAAAACAACAUUAAUUGACAGUCUGGUAGCCUAUCAGGGCAAAAUAUCUAAAUCAAUUGCUGGAGAAAUUAGAUAUAUGGAUACUAGAGAGGAUGAACAAAAUCGUGGAAUUACUUUAAAACUUAGCGCUAUUGGCUUAUGUUACAAAAAUACAGAGCAUAUUAUUGUAGAUACCCCUGGACAUGUUGAUUUUGAAUUUUUAGUUGAGAAUAGUUCAAUUAUAUCUGACUGUUUUUUAAUUAUAAUUGAUAUCAUGGAAGGUAUUACUCCAAGAACUUAUUCGUUAAUCAAUUAUAUUCGUAAAGAUUGUGCGAUUCUAGUUAUUAAUAAAGUUGAUAAAGUUGAAACGGCAGAUGAAGCACUUGACAAGAUUGAAAAAAUUAUUAUGCAUACAAAUAGUAUGGUAGGUAGCUUGAUAUUUACAUGGACUAAUAAUAAUAUUAUUCUAUCAAGCGCUACAUAUUGUUAUGGAAUUAAUUAUAAUAAUGCUAAUCUUUUGCUUAAGCGAGACAAUACAACCUUAGACAAUGUUGUGAAUUUUAUUUUUUAUAUUGAAAAUCAAAUUAAAAAAAAUAGUACCGAUAAAAUUUGUUCACGAUUUAAUAUUUUAAAGAGAACGAGAAAGAAUAUCUUAAGCACUGUUAUGCCGUUAGCGAAUUCGAUUUUUGAGUGUAUAGAGCAUAUUUAUAAACCUGAAACAUAUAAAAAAUAUUUAUACAAUUCAACGGUACCAUUAUUGCUUUUAGAUAAAGUUCAUGAUAAAUCCGCAUUUUGUUUCGUAUCUUUAGGACUUUUACGAAACAAUUUAUCUUUUGAUAAAAAAAAUUUAAUGUUUGUUACAAGACUGUUUAAAGGGAAAAUAAAAACAGGAGAUAUUUUGUACAAUAAUGAAGAGAAAUAUGAAAUAAAAUCGAUAUAUAAAUUUGGCAUUAAUGAUUUUUUAGAAGUGGAUUCUGUAUCUGGUUCUACUUUAGUUUGUUUAAAAGGUAAUUUUAGAAAAAAUAUGCCAAUUUUUUCAAUAAAACCAUUUAACUACUCUUAUCACGAGAAAAUUUAUCCUUUUUACAGAUCAAGACUUAUACCAGAACAAAGAGACAAUAUAGAAGAAAUUAAGACUGUUUUAAGAGCUUUAGUAAAUACUGAACAGUGCUUAAAAAUAAAAAUUAAUAAGUAUAAUCAAAUAGAUGUAUUAUCUUCCGGUAAGGUUCAGGUAGAAAAACUUAUCGAGGAUUUAAAAAAGUGCAAUUUUAAGGUGCGGCAAGGGGUAGAUGAAAAUUUGUUUUGCGAAUUUCCUAAAAACGAAUCUACGUAUGAAUUUGAAAGUGAAGAAUACAAAAUUAUAGUACAAAUCUACAAAAAUGAUGAUUCGGAAUAUAAUGGGUAUUUAGACGAGUUUAAUAAUAGAUUCAUGGUACUAACUGAUAAAUUUAGAAAUUUAAUUUACAGUAUACUUGAAGUUUAUGUCAUUAGUGGUCCUGUAAUUUCUGAAUACAUUAGAGAUACAACGUUUAAAAUAAAAUUUUACGAAAAAAAAUUAGAUUUAUAUGAAGAAAAGUUGUAUUCUCAGAUCAAACAAAAUGUUAAAUUGGCUUACAAUAACGCGGAGCCAAGUAUAGCACCUUUUUUCUAUAAAUUAAAUAUUAGUAUACAAGAAGAAUGUUUAGGCGGAGUUUACACUAGCAUUCAAAAAAUAUCUUCAAUAUUGCAAAAUGAAGAAUAUGAUGAAGCCACUGGUUUUUAUGUUUUAAUUGUUUUAGUACCAUAUUUUGUCUAUGAUAAUUUUGUAGAAGAUGUCAGAGUGUGCACCAAAGGCACUGCAUAUAUUUUAUCUGCAGAAUUCGGGUAUUUUUAUGGUUUGGAUUUUUCAGACUGUAUUGAAGAAAUAAGAAAGAAAAAGGGUUUAAUGACUAAUGAAAAGAUUAUUAAAAAUCCAGAGAAACAGAGAACGUUAAAAAAAUAA